UGAGCUCUGAUGUGUCCUUCCGCUGCCAACAAAAGAACUAGCUAGCCGACUACAAAAAAAACGGCAAUCGGAAAAACGUACACUGUAAAUCUUCUGCAAUGAAACAGCUUUUCUAAGAAUUCACAUGUAUUUAUUUCUAGAUCUAUAUAUUUGCGGCGGUAUGAUAUAUAUAUUUUAAACCUCUACAUAUAUAUGUUUUUCCUCCGUUGGAAGCCAUGAUGGAAGCGUGAGAGAAACGCAAAAAGAAGAUGCUUCCCGGGACAUAUGUCAAACGAGUCUGUGCAAAUAUUUGGUCUUUGUAUAGCCAUUAUACAUGCACAUUGGAGCCUGACACUUUUUCGCGUGUAUUUUGGCAAUCCAUCGGCGAAGAUGUUGAUUCGCUAGGAGGUUUUUGGAUUUUUUAAAAAGUGGGUAGCUAUUGCAGCUCGCUAGAUGGCUAGCUAAGUCUGAGUGGAUACGGUAACUAAUUACUGCUGGGCUUUACAAGGGCCGGUAGUCUUCAAAUUCGAGCGAGCGCCGGAGAGUUAUCUCCUCGCUGGUCGGUCAAUCACGGCGGCUUCGGUAGAUCAAGAGAUUCGGACCGUCUUAUGCCUUACGGUUAGGCGGGAGGAUUAUUGUAUGUAUUUUUCAAGGGGGAGUUGCAAGACGAAUUCCAGUAUUGGGAAAGUUUGGCCUGCGCGGAAGAGCAGAGCAAGGCCUGUCUCUAUGAUCCAGAGAAAACGCCAUUCUAGCUAGCUAACGCGUUAAUCCUACUCACGACGACGACCACUGCUGGCUUGUCUCACUGCGAGGAAGGAGCUGCAAAAUCAAAAAAGCAAAGGGCGAUCGAGAGGCAAAGCCAUUGCAAACCGAAGCAACGGCAGCUAGCUAACUUUUCAUAAUUUGAAACCCACAGACUCCUGUCACUAGCCAGCAAGCUAGUUAGCUACAAUGGCUGCGAUAAUAAAAGAAAUGGUCAGCCGGAACAAAAGGAGAUACCAGGAGGAUGGGUUCGACUUGGACUUAACGUAUAUCUAUCCAAACAUCAUUGCUAUGGGCUUUCCUGCAGAACGACUCGAAGGAGUGUACAGAAACAAUAUAGACGACGUUGUGCGGUUUCUUGACUCAAAACAUAAAAGCCAUUAUAAGAUUUACAAUCUUUGUGUAGAACGACACUAUGAUGCUGCCAAAUUUAACUGCAGAGUUGCACAGUACCCCUUUGAAGACCACAAUCCGCCUCAGCUAGAGCUCAUCAAGCCAUUCUGUGAAGAUCUGGACCAGUGGCUGAGCGAGGAUGACAAUCAUGUGGCGGCCAUCCACUGCAAGGCAGGGAAGGGCCGCACUGGGGUGAUGAUCUGCGCCUACCUCCUGCACCGCAGCAAGUUCCAAGAGCCCCAGGAGGCCCUCGACUUCUAUGGGGAAGUGCGGACAAGGGACAAGAAGGGAGUGACAAUCCCGAGCCAACGGCGCUAUGUGUACUACUACAGCCACCUGCUGAAGAACAAGCUGGACUACAAGCCAGUGGCUCUGCUCUUCCAUAAAAUGGUUUUUGAGACGCUGCCAAUGUUCAGCGGAGGCACCUGCAGGGACAGUACCAUUAAAAACAGGAGCGAGCCGAUCCCUCUGGGCUUCAAGAAAGGGAAUUGGCAUUGGGAUCCUCAGUUUGUGGUGUAUCAACUUAAAGUCAAGAUCCACACAUCCAACCCGGCUCACACACGGAGGGAAGAAAAGCACAUGCUAUUUGAGUUUCCCCAACCGCUGCCCGUGUGUGGAGACAUCAAAGUGGAGUUCUUUCACAAGCAAAACAAAAUGAUGAAGAAGGAUAAGAUGUUCCACUUCUGGGUUAACACCUUCUUCAUUCCCGGGCCAUCGGAGGAGAGCAUAGAGAAGGUGGAGAACGGGUCGGUGGUGGUGGUGGUGAACGACAUGGAAGGGGUCCAGAACCAGCCCCCGGGCGGCCCCCAUGCCCAGCCCCCCCAGAGCACCAAGCGCAGGGACAGCGGCAAAGACAGUGACGGGGACUACCUCAUCCUCGCGCUGACCAAGAAUGACCUGGACAAGGCCAACAAAGACAAAGCUAACCGCUACUUCUCACCUAAUUUCAAGGUGAAGUUGUAUUUCACAAAAACCGUGGAAGAUUCUUUGAAUUCCGAGGUGAGCACUUCGACAUCCGUCACUCCGGACGUUAGCGACAAUGAGCCUGACCAUUAUCGAUAUUCCGACACCACUGACUCUGAUCCGGAAAAUGAACCUUUUGACGAGGAACAGCACACGCAAAUCACAAAAGUGUGAACUUUUUUUAACAGGAAAAAGAUGUACACCAGAGGAAAAAAAGGAGAGAACUUGAAUAUGAACUCAAAAGAAGAACCUUUGUCCCCCUACCUCCCCCAAAAUGGCAAUAGAGCAUCAUCAUGUCAAAUGCCAAUUUUAGUUUAAAAAAUUAUUAUCCUGACCAAUAUGUUUUUAUUAUUUUCUUUGGCGCGGCCGUGUACCAUGCGCAAAGUAUUGACACUGUUGGCCCAUGGGGAAAGGUGCUUGUGUAUGUAUGUGUGUGUGUGUGUAUGUGUAUAUAUAUGUGUGUGUGUGUUUUUGUGUGUGUGUAUGUAUGUAUAUAUAUAUAUACAUAUAUAAAAAGUUUGGA